CGCACUUAAACCCGUAGAUCGCGGUCCUCCCUCCGUGCUUGAGCUCGACUAUCGCUAGACACCAUGCUGAACCUCAGGCUACAGCCUGUCUUGGUGCGGCUGUUUAUAUAUAUUGCCGCAGUCUCGGCGGUGAACAACGGUCUGGCGAGGACGCCUGUCAUGGGAUGGAACACAUGGAAUAGGUUCGUCUGCGGGAUAAACGAAGAACUCAUACUCUCGAGCGCGAAGCUUCUCGUGAGCACGGGGCUGAAGGAUGCGGGCUAUAACUAUGUGAACGUUGACGAUUGUUGGCAUGCGCCUGAGAGAGCCAGCGAUGGAUCUCCUGCAUGGGACCCGAACACAUUCCCGAGGGGUAUCAAAGCCCUCGCCGAUGACGUGCACGACUUGGGCUUGAAGUUCGGUAUAUACAGCUCAGCCGGAACAAUGACCUGUCAGCGUCGAUUUGGCUCACUAGGCUACGAAGAAAUCGACGCGAAGGCAUACGCCGAAUGGGGCGUUGACCUUCUUAAGUACGAUAAUUGCUUCAACGACGGCCUCUUCGGAAACGAAACCGUAUCAUAUGCCAAGAUGGCCAACGCGCUGAACGCAACUGGACGACCCAUUGUCUACUCCAUGUGCAAUUGGGGCCAAGAUCUCUCCUGGACAUGGGCUGGCAAAAUAGCAAACAUGUGGCGUAUGUCGGGCGACAUCUCGGAUGAUUUCGACGGAUACGAUUCGCGGUGUCCCUGCCUGCAACUGGAAAACUGCACCGAGUUUGGCUACUACUGCUCUGCCGUGCGUAUACUGGACUGGGCAGCGGCGAUGCUCGAAUACUCCGAACCCGGAGCAUGGAACGACCUCGAUAUGCUGGAGGCAGGGACUUACGUCGGGAAUGGCGGAAUGUCGUACGACGAAUACGUAUCACACUUCUCGCUGUGGGCACUAGUGAAGAGUCCGUUGAUUCUGGGGAACGACCUCGCCCAGAUGUCUGACGAGACGCUGGAGAUCAUCACGAACGAUGCAAUUAUAGCCGCCAACCAAGAUCCUCUCGGUGUCCCUGCUAAACGGGUAUGGAAGCGUGACGAUCUCGAGCUUUGGGCAGGCCCUCUGCACGACGGGUCUACCGUCGUCGCCGUGCUCAACACCGCAGACCACAAUCAAACGAUCGACCUCGAGUUCAGCGAUCUGCCAAGUCACCUCUCCGGCACGAAAUAUACGGCUUACGACCUUUGGCAAAAGGCCGAUGACUCGUCUUCGUCGUCCGAGCUCAAAACACGCUGGGGCCGCGUCAUCGGCGCGUAUGAGGCGUCGAUCCCGAGCGUGGAGCUUAAGCUGCACCAGACGAGGGUGUUCAAGAUCGUGCCCGAGGAUGAUGUGCGCAAGUUUGUCGUUCAGGUACAGUGAGCGCUCGACAUGUGUCCAAUGCUACGAAAAAGAACUCUGUAAAGUAAAAUGUAAUGCUUCC